GUAAAAAGUGCAUAAAGGAUCAUUAAAUGAACAAAGAAUGCAUGUUUGGAAAUUAAAGUGUGAAAAGAAUUAUGCAUGAGUCAAAGCAGUGCUGAGGUUUUAAGCCCUGAACAAAACUGCGAAGGAGCCAAAGAGCCACAACAGCAACACCAUAUAUUUGUUAUGGUUGAUGAAGGAAUCGAAAAGUAGAACGAUGUUUCGAGGAUUGGUUUGUUAUGAAAGUGAAGAUGAAAUGCAAGAUGACAAGGCUACUAAAUGUACUGACUUGAGUGAUGAUUCUACGGAGGAAAAUGGGAAAGAAUGUGGUUGUGAACUGAAGAAAGAAACUGCGAAACAUAACGAGUGUUUUGACAAAAAGAAGAGCAGAAAUGAUUUAGGUUUACAAGAUCAAAGAAAAAAACGCUUGGACAGUUUCAAAGAACGACUGCAGAAGUUGAAAGACAAACACCCUAGUGUCAAUAGUAGCAGUGGUAGCAUUGCAUCUAGACACGAUGUUGCCAUAAAAAUUGAGAGACCAAGAGACUAUUGCUCAAUGAAAAAGAAAAUUUCUUUGAGCUAUUCACCCACGUAUACAAAGAGUGCAAAAAAUUAUGAACUUGGGAAAUUAGGUGAAACCUCUAAAAGCAAGCAAUCUGAGAAGAAGUCAAAAAAUGCUGAUCCAAUUAGCAAGAUUGUGAAAGACGUUUAUACAAAACAAAAGGCGAGGAAAUGUGAUUUUGAUGUUAUACCACAACUGCAGUGUCAAGAUUUCCAAAUAUGUGAGCAAUAUGAUCCACACGGAGCCAAAAGGAGCAAGAUUGAAAAGGAAUUAGAUGAAGCAAUCAAACAAAAUGACCUCGAGCUUGCAGAGAAAAUUAGUGAUGAAAUCUCAGAAAGAAACAUGGCCAAAAAUAUUUCCCAAUCGUUUAAAGCAAAUGAUUUUUUGGAACAAAAGAAGUUUGCAAAAGAAAAACAAGAUAGGAAAAGAAAGAAGCUAAAAUGGAUGUUUGAUCACAAAGAAAGAUGGGAAUUGAAAGGAAAUAUGUGAAUUGAUUUGGUGUAUAUGCUUAUAAUAUUUGUUUUCAAUUUUUUCUUGUACAGAGUUAUUUUUAAUGCACAUUGAAUAUUAGCAAAGCUGUUUAUUUAUCAUUAAACAGGCAGAAGAGCUUCUCUGUGU